AUCGUUCGUCGCCUGUCAGCCGUUGAAAAAAUAUUUCUUGCUGCGCUCUCCUUUGACCUCCAUCGAUCCGGUGCUUCUGAAUCCACCUUUGCACGGGUGCACCACCUGUGCCACGCCUGGUUGCAACACCACAACUCCACCGUCCCUGCCACACCCUCACCCGCUGCACUCUCCUCAUUCGCUGCUGCCGUGUCAGCAGCUCCUCCCGACCAAUCAGACGCCACCGGUGGCAGAGGGGAAAAGCGUCUGGUGCAGCAGCCUAGGGGGAAUGAGGAAGCUUCCUGGGAGCUCCCAGUGCGGUUGAAUGUGUCUCACGAUGCCCUGCUGGCUGCGUGUGCACGCCUGGCAGAGUCGCACCUUUUGCUAGCAGAGGGCAGUGCCCUGCACUGCGUUCAGCGCAUUCAGCUCAACUUACCAAG